AAAUUUUUAUAACCCUGGAUCAAUAGUAAGGAUGUUACAGUCAGAUUUAACCCAAAAAAAAAAGAUGUCACGGUCAGUAUCACUGCAUUAGUAUAAAAAAUAACAAAUGUAGAAUUGCUUUUCCAUUAGUGAUGCAAAUUUGGGCAUCUCCAGCAGUUGCAGCCAGCAUUGAUCGGUUAAUUUCAGUGUUUAAAUGAUGAUAAAAUUAGGAACCAAAUUUAGUUGUGCUUUCUCUAUAUAUGGCUGAGUACAUUGGUAAUUUAUGUGGAGAGAACAACUUCCAACCCAAAACAUAUCAGAUGGACCAUUCCUGUAGAAGAUCAAGAAAGUUGUGAACAAAAUCAAAUCCAAGAUUAGGAGGGUCUUAGGCAUAUAUAGCCUUAAGAUCCCUUGAUUUUUUAUUUUUUUGAAAAAGAGAUCCUAUGAUUUUUGUAGUAGGGAAAUGUUGCAGCGUGUGUCUGUGUGAGAGGAGGUCAAAUGGUUAGGUCCACGUGGAAUCAAUGAGGAUGGUAGAUGCAGAUGGCGCUCAAAAUCUCAUUGGUCCGAAAUCUAUCCAACAGAGAUGUUAGAUUUCACUUAUCCUACUUGGCUCCUCAGGAUGCCUUUCUUUUGAUCUUCCCUCUACCCUUUCUCACUUCCUACAUGACCAUAUAUCACAGCCAAACAAGCCAGUUACCAAAACAAACUUGAGCCAGAAAAAUUUGGGGUGACAUUAUAAAUCACAUUUUUUGGUAGAAUCAUCAGAAAGAGUGCAGGGAAAACUAGCUUUAGCUUAGAAGAGGGAGAGAAAAGAAAAUGGCUGCCACAUCUGCUGCAGUAGUGAAUGGAUUGGGCUCUCCCUUCUUGACUGGUGGAAAGAAAAGCCAGACUCUUUUGGCUGUGCCAGUUUCAUCAAGAGUUGGUGGUUCUGCUGUUUCAUCCAGGAGAUUAGUUGUAGUUGCUGCUCUCCCUCCUAAAAAGUCAUGGAUUCCUGCUGUCAAAGGUGGUGGCAACUUGGUUGAUCCUGAAUGGCUCGAUGGCUCGCUCCCGGGUGACUAUGGAUUUGACCCACUUGGUCUCGGAAAAGAUCCUGCUUUCUUGAAGUGGUACAGAGAAGCUGAGCUCAUCCAUGGCAGAUGGGCAAUGGCUGCAGUUCUCGGUAUCUUUGUUGGCCAGGCUUGGAGUGGCAUUCCAUGGUUUGAAGCUGGUGCUGACCCUGGUGCCAUUGCACCUUUCUCCUUCGGUACGCUCCUUGGUACUCAACUCCUCCUCAUGGGAUGGGUUGAGAGCAAGAGAUGGGUUGAUUUCUUCAACCCUGACUCUCAGUCUGUAGAAUGGGCUACACCAUGGUCUAGGACAGCAGACAACUUUGCAAAUGCAACCGGCGAGCAGGGCUACCCUGGUGGGAAGUUUUUUGAUCCAUUGCAGUUUGCCGGAACACUACAGGACGGAGUCUACAUUCCUGACACUGAGAAGCUCGACAGACUGAAGGUUGCUGAAAUUAAGCACGCAAGACUUGCCAUGGUUGCUAUGCUGAUUUUCUACUUUGAGGCAGGGCAAGGAAAGACACCUCUUGGUGCCCUUGGUUUGUAAAUUAUAUAAUUUCGACAAUGUUGUAAAAACUAAUUGGCAGUAGAAACAAGACAACAGAGCGAGUUCAUCUACCAUGAUUCAAUCUUUUUCCACCUAAAUUUUUGUUCCUUUUACUUAAACUGCAGAGACACAAGCAUUAAGCCACUAUGAAAAGUAACUCACGGAUGGUUAAAUUAAGGCACAUGGCAAUGGCUAGAGUAUCGUUAAAACUAGGAUGCAUGGAUUUAUCCUUUGUGCUGAUUCAAUCUAUUCGAUAAAUUCAAACAGAAGUGUAGCUAGGUAGCAGUGGUGUUUCAUGUCAAUAUCUCAAAUCUAGUUAGCAGAAAUAAGAGCUGGAAAAAUUCAUAACCUUUUGUAUGUCAAAUUCAUAUAUAUGAAUCAGGAAAAUAUCAAUUACACAUUGUUUAAACCAUCAGGCAAAUGCUGGACAUAUCAAGAACCCACAGUCUAUUAAAAAAUUUCUACAAAAUGUUUAAUGUCAAACUAACCAGAUGGUAUUCGCUCUAAUCAAAUACAGCCUCCAUAUUUUUUAAGCUUGAAAAUGAUAGCAGCAGAAAGGCGAAACCACAGGAAGACCCUAAUGCAGGAGAAUUAUUCACUGCCCAUGGCCAUCAAAAAUUCACCCUCACAGACAACAUCGCUCCCGACGUAGGCCUUGCCUUCCAUCUUUGCUAUUCCAAAGCGCCUCUGCAACUUGGUGAGAGUCAUUCUCAUAACCAAAGUGUCCCCUGCAAUCACGGGCUUCCUAAACCUGACUUUGUCAAUGCCGGCAAAGAAGAAGUUCUCCUUGGAACCUCCAACUUCUGGUUGCAACAUAACUAUGCCACCAACCUGGGCCAUUG